AUGGUAUAUAAAGGAAUAGAUGAUCCAUUGAAGAGAGUAUGUAAGGAAUUGCUGUUGCAACGUUCGUUUUUUCCUGGAUAUCCAGUUUCUAAAGUGCCAGCAGAGUAUGCAGUGGACCUCACGAAACUUAGAGAACUCGAGUUUUCAAAGAAUCUAGUACCAGAUGUAUUGCUGUUCUGUAGCGAAGUAAAGACGGAGCCAUUUAUAGAGUUCACAAACCAAAGAGCCUUUGUAAGCAUCCAUAACAAUAGUAUGAGCAUAAAGGAAACAUUAAUAGAAUCUUACACUGAAAUAUACAUAACGCCACUGGGUAACAAAGAUGAAGAUGAACCAGUACAAGAACUUGAUAUAGAAAACAGAAUAACACUACUCUAUUCCACUAUCAAAUAG